AUGGCGACGCUAGAACAUCUCACGCGCGUUCUAAGGCAACAAGCCACCAUCAACGAACCACCCGCAAGCCAGCUUUUGUCCGAUGCACAAUACAGCGCCGGCUUCAGUUUCUUCAAACAAAGCUCUGGGUGUACAACAUACCAGGACUUCGUUCUGCCUCAGCUAUCUGAGCUCCUCAUCCCAAUCUUGAACUCGCGUCUUCGCACCUCAGUCCUGGAGAUUGGACCGGGACCGGAGAGCGUGCUCGGAUAUCUACCCUACGAUACGAGGCGCAAGAUCAAAAGAUAUACCGCCUUUGAACCGAACUGUCUUUUUGCUUCGCGAUUGGAAGAAUGUCUCACGUCGACCGAGAAGUCUGGCUCCCCAUUGCCCUGUCUAGAGGAAAGACCCGACAUCAGGCAUCGUCCGUUUAACCUAGACAAUUCACCAAAGACUCUUGGAGAGGACAAGUUCGAUGUCAUCCUAUUUUGUCACAGCAUGUACAGAAUGCACCCCAAACACAGCUCUCUCUUUGCAGCACUGGAUCUGCUCGCUGAGCAGCCGACAAACGGAUUGGUGAUCUUUUUCCAUAGAGACGGACCGCUGCACUUGAACGGGUUGGUCCCUCAUCAAACCGCCAGCUUCCCGAACGGAAUGGUUCGCGUCAAAGACACCGACGACUCGCUCGACUGUUUUGCCUCGUUCAUCGCAGGCUUUAUCCCUGAACCUAAGGAUAUUCUCCUCGAAUGGCGGAAGCUUUGCCGCGCCCUCGGCCGUCGCGAUGACGACGGCAAUCUCGUGUUCGCUGCGCCCGAUAUCAUGAUGGCUUUCACGCGGCAUUCGACCGCAUUGCCCGAGUUGAAGUCGCAGCUGCCGGCCGUCGCCGACGGGAAUAUGCCUGUCAAGAACCGGGAAGCUCGUCUCCACCGUCCGGCCUCGGUCAUUAGACCUACACAUAUUCGGCACGUACAAGAGUGUGUUCGCUGGGCCCUGGAGCAUCGCAUGGCGUUGACGGUCGUGGGCGGCGGGCACAGCGGUCAUUGUCUCUGGCCCGACGUCGUCGCUGUUGACAUAAGCGCCUUAAACCAAGUCCACGUUAUCAGCGGUACAGGAAAAGCUGGAGGUGGUCUUGUCGUCGCCGGUGCCGGCUGCAAGACGGGGGACAUCAUCCGCGAGACCAUGGCACAGGGGCUCACGGUGCCUCUGGGAUCUCGACCGAGUGUUGGGGCGGGUCUGUGGCUUCAAGGUGGCAUCGGGCAUCUGGCCCGACUCCACGGGCUCGCGUGCGACGCCAUCGUCGGUGCCGUCCUCGUCAGCGUCGACUCUGGACGGAUUUUAUGCAUCGGUCAUGUACCUACUCAACACCAACCCGCAGGUGCCAUGCGCCCAGAGAACGACGAAGAAGAAGAAUUGCUAUGGGCGAUCAAAGGAGCGGGAACGAAUUUUGGCAUCAUCUUCAGCGUCACCUUUGCAGCGCAUCCAGCUCCGAUGUUCUUGGUCAGAAACUGGGUCAUACCGAUGCGUGACGGCGAUGAGGCGCAACGCAAGCUUGCCGCAUUUGACCGGGGCGUUGCUGCUCAACUUUCCCGGAACUGUUCUGCAGACGCGUAUCUGUACUGGGACGUUGGGAAACUACAUCUCGGCGUGACUGUGUACGAAGCCUGGACCACUGAGAAAGCAUCGGGAGCACCCACGCCCAUCCCCACGCCCAUCCCCACGAUUUUGGGCCCGGAGCACAGCUAUAAGAUCGUGGACAGCGUUGGUCUCUUCGAGACCGAGAUGUACAUGUCAGGGAUGCAUGGGGGGCACGCUGGCGGCAAGACGUCCUCUUUCAAAAGAUGCCUAUUUCUCAAAGAGAUUGGAACGGUCGAUAUUGCAAAUGCAUUGAUAUCAGCCAUCCAUAACCGCCCCUCUCCACAAAGUUAUCUCCACCUCCUGCAAGGCGGCGGCGCCGUCAGCGACGUGCCGGAACCAGCCACCGCAUUCGGCUGCCGCGAUUGGGACUUUGCCUGCGUCAUCACCGGUGUCUGGCCGCGCGAGCAAGACGGAACCGACGUUGCCCGGGCCGUCGUGGAGUGGGUCUACGCCGUUGCCGAAACUUUGCUGCCCCUAGGCACCGGAGCGUACGGCGCCGACCUCGGACCGGAUCCCCGGGACACGGCAAUGGCAACCAAAGCCUUUGGGCCAAAUCGCCCGCGUCUGGCCCGCCUCAAGCGCACCGCGGAUCCGCGUCAUGUACUCGCAUACGCCUGCCCCCUCCCGAGAGAAACGAUGGAACCACGCCUCAUCCUCCUGGUGACGGGGGACAGCUGUGCGGGCAAAGAUUACUGCGCCGAAGUCUGGGCUGAUGUUUUCAACAAGAAUGGCAAGACGGCGCGUGUCGUCAGCAUCAGCGAUGCCAUGAAGCGGGAAUUCGCAGCGGCGGCGGGCGCGGACCUAAACCGCUUGCUCUGCGAGCGGGAGUAUAAGGAGAAGCACCGGCCGGCGUUGACGGCGUUCUUCCAUGACCGCGUUCGGGAAAGACCUCGGCUACCGACGGAGCAUUUCCUAGAAGAGGUGUACAGUUCUGUUGGUGUCGAUGUACUGCUCAUCACGGGCAUGAGAGACGAGGCGCCGGUCGCGAGUUUGGGACACCUUGUGCCGGAUAGCAAGCUCGUUGAGGUCCGUAUUACCGCCGGCGCGGAGAUUAGACGAUUUCGCCGAGGAACGAACGACGGGAGAGAAAAGUGUAGUGGCAAUCACGAGGGUGACGGCGAGCUGCCGGCGACGAGUGACGUGAAUGGUUGCAGGCCCAGCUUGGCUUUCCACAACGAAACGGCAGGAGACAACGUCGCAAAGGCCUUUGCAGAGCAAAGCCUGCUUCUCUUCAUCCACGACGACUUGAAACGGUUAGCCAAAAUGACGCGCAUCAUACCAGACUUCCCACGUCCGGGUAUCAACUUCCGCCACGUCCUCGACAUUGCCCAGACACCAGGUGGCCUGGCCCUAUGCACGUCUCUCCUGCAAUCUCACUUCACGGGUGCCGCCUGGUCCAAGGUCGACGCCAUUGUCUCCUGCGAGGCGGGCGGCUUCGUCUUUGCGUCGGCGUUGGCGUUGCAGGUUGGUUUGCGGUUGGUCCCGAUCCGGGAGGCCGGCAAGCUGCCGCCGCCUACGGUUUCUGUCGCCAAGCCUGCGUCGCACAUCUCGUCGAGGGUACCGGCGAACGGGGUGAAGGAAAGGAGGGUGGAGAUGGAUCGCGACGUGUUAUCGUGUGGAGCGUCGGUUGUGGUUGUGGAUGAUGUGUUUGCGUCCGGGGAGACGGUUUGUGCGGUGUUGAGGCUGUUGGAGCAGGCCGGUGUGAGUGUGGAACGGAUCAGCGUGAUGGCGGUGGCCGAGUUCCCUGUUCAUCGUGGCAGGGAACUGUUAAACACUCAUGGAUUUGGGGUAGUCAAUGUUCAAAGCCUUUUGGUAUAUGGUGGGCCCUGA